AGCGCACCAAUGUCUGUGGUGGGGAAGCUUGUUACCAGUAAACUUUUGUGUUGUAGCCUGUGAUUCACGGGACACAGCGGUGAGAUGCUGAAAAAAAUAUUCUGCUGCCUUGUGCUUUUAUGUCUCUUAUCUUUCUCAGUAUAUUUCUGGUAUCAGUUGAGAUACUCAAAUGUUACUGAAUCGAGUAGGAAUGCUUUGCUGUCCAGUUUGAAGUAUUCCCAAAGUGAAGAUGGAUUAAUAAAAUCAGGAGUUGAUUAUAGAGGUAUCCGCUUGGAGUUAGACUUAGGGAAAGAAAAUCUAACGAAGGAAAAUGAAACUACAGAGACCAAAACCCAAGAAUUAAAGAAAUGCCCAGAUCCCUCUCAACUUCUAGUGGGGCCUCUCAGGGUUCAGUUCUCUACGCCUGUCAGCUUGGAUACAGUGAGGAAGGAGAACCCAGGCCUGCAGGAAGGAGGUCGCUAUAAACCACAUGACUGUGUCGCCCUCCAAAAGGUUGCUCUCAUCAUUCCCUUCCGCCUUCGUGACGAGCACCUCAAGUUCUGGCUCUACUACCUCCAUCCCAUCCUUCAGCGCCAACAGCUGGACUAUGGCGUCUAUGUUAUCAAUCAGGAUGGAGACAACACAUUCAACAGGGCCAAGCUGAUGAACAUUGGCUAUGCUGAGGCCCUGAAGGAGUAUGACUACGACUGCUUUGUGUUCAGUGACGUGGACAUCAUCCCCAUGGAUGACCGCAACACCUACAAAUGCUUCAGCCAGCCCAGACACCUGUCUGUCUCCAUGGACAAGUUUGGCUUCAAGUUGCCCUAUAAUCAGUACUUUGGCGGUGUCUCAUCGUUGAGUAAAGAGCAGAUCAUGAAAAUCAACGGCUUUCCCAACAACUACUGGGGCUGGGGUGGUGAAGAUGACGACAUUUUCAACAGGGUGAAUAACAGAAAAAUGUCUAUCUCUCGUCCGGACGGCGUAGUCGGAAAAUGCCGGAUGAUCCGUCACGAGAGAGACAAAAAUAACAACGACAAUCAUCAGAGGUUCAAGAGAAUAGCUCACACGUUAAAGACGAUGGAUACCGAUGGCCUCAACUCUCUCGAGUACGAAGUUGUUGCAGUUGAAAAGCAUGACCUGUUCACAAAGAUUACAGUAGACGUGGGGGUGCCACCCGAAGAUUAAGAAGAAAUGGACAAAGGAUGAAUGAGGAAGAGAUGGACAAGCAGGGCCCUGCGUGCCCGUUUGUAAAUCCGGCCCUGUGAAGAAGGCAGGAACCAUCUGGAAUGAGGUCAAAAAAACUGCCCAGAACAGUACGAGAGAUGCUUGGUAAGAGGGCAGCGCACAAUCUAUUUGUUGCAUUAACCAAUAACCUAUUGCAGAGGCUGCAGCGGUUGUGAUGCAAACAUGACUUAGCAUGAAUCUUUGAGGAGGUGUCAUGAUAUCCACCUACUAAUUGGCACUUUUGUCCCUCGAGCGGCCCAAUUGGCAGAGCAUUGUGUAGUGCUGCCUUCAACUGCUUUCUCCAUAACUCGGAGAAACAAGGUCACAACUCUGAAAUAACCCCCCUCCAAGUUCCAAUUACAAGUGGGAAAGUCUGAGAUGAUUCUGAUACCCAAGUUGCGACGAUUGAUCUCUGACCUUUCACCUUUUCAAGGAGCAAACUUUAGGUUUACAAAUACUGUAUUUUUGCCCUACACUAGUCUACAUCAAGCAAAGGCUAUGGGAUGUAAAGGUUUCAGAGAUGCUUGUUGAUAUUUUUGUUGAUCGAAUGUGUUGCCUUUCCUCCUUUAAGUUAUUUUCUGUGUGUAAAUCUUUUGUAGAUAUUGGGCUAUUAGAGUGUGGCUACUGUGUGAGCCAUGGGAAACUCCAACAAAAUGUUCAACUGUUCAAAAUAAAAUGACAGAGACCUCUUC